CUGUGGCGCCGAGAGGGGGCUUGAACUCCAGGAGGCUGGGCUUUAGCGAAUGGGCUGAGGUCUUCGAGAAGGAGGCGGGAAUUCUCCCAGCCAAUAGGUGGACGCGCCCUCGUUGCCGCUCUAUGCCGCUCCGCCCCGGCUCGCUGGUCCCAGAAGGCGCCGGGUUCCCCAAGAUGGCGGCCGACGUGUCCGUUACUCACCGGCCCCCACUGAGCCCGGAGCCUGGGGCCGAGGUUGAAGCUGAUGAUGCCGCGGAGCGCCGGGCGCCCGAAGAAGAACUACCACCGCUAGAUCCAGAGGAGAUCAGGAAACGCCUGGAACACACUGAGCGCCAGUUCCGUAACCGCCGCAAGAUACUCAUCCGGGGCCUCCCGGGGGACGUGACCAACCAGGAAGUGCACGACCUGCUCAGCGACUAUGAGCUCAAGUACUGUUUUGUGGACAAAUACAAAGGGACAGCCUUCGUGACCCUGCUGAAUGGGGAGCAGGCUGAGGCCGCCAUCAAAACCUUCCACCAGAGCUGCCUGCGGGAGCGAGAGCUAUCAGUGCAGCUGCAGCCCACCGACGCCUUGCUCUGCGUGGCCAACCUGCCCCCCAGCCUCACACAGCAGCAGUUUGAGGAGCUAGUACGGCCCUUCGGCAGCCUGGAGCGCUGCUUCCUGGUCUAUAGCGAGUGUACUGGCCAUUCCAAGGGCUAUGGCUUCGCUGAGUACAUGAAAAAGGACUCAGCUGCCCGUGCCAAGUCGGACCUUCUGGGCAAGCCCCUGGGCACGCGCACCCUGUAUGUGCACUGGACAGAUGCGGGGCAACUGACACCAGCCCUGCUCCACUCCCGCUGCCUCUGUGUUGACCGCCUGCCCGCUGGCUUCAGUGAUGUGGAAGCCCUGCGCCGGGCUCUGUCAGCUGUCCACACACCGACCUUCUGCCAGCUGGCAUACGGCCAGGACGGGCAGCUGAAGGGCUUCGCCGUGCUGGAGUAUGAGACAGCUGAGAUGGCCGAAGAAGCACAGCAGCAAGCAGACGGCCUCGCACUGGGGGGCAGCCACCUGCGCACCUCCUUCUGCGCCCCAGGGCCUCCUGGCCGCAGCAUGCUGGCUGCACUCAUUGCUGCCCAGGCCACAGCCCUCAAUCGGGGCAAAGGCCUCCUGCCUGAACCCAGCAUCCUGCAGCUGCUCAACAGCCUGGGGCCCUCUGCCUCCCUCCAGCUGCUGCUUAAUCCUCUGCUUCAUGGCAACUCAGGAGGCAAGCAGGGUCUCCUGGGUGCACCCCCGGCCAUGCCACUGCUUAACGGACCCGCCCUGUCCACAGCGCUGCUGCAACUGGCCCUGCAGGCGCAGGGUCAGAAGAAGCCCGGGAUCCUGGGAGACUCUCCCCUGGGCACCCUCCAACCUGGGUCCCAGUCGGCCAACCCCCUCCUUGGGGAGCUGUCUGCAGGAGGGGGCCUUCCCCCAGAGCUGCCACCCCGGCGAGGGAAGCCACCACCCCUACUGCCGCCACUGCUCGGCCCUUCCUCGGGUGAUCGGGAAAGCAUGGGCCUGGGUCCCCCAGCAGCCCAGCUCACUCCAUCCCCUGCCCCUGUGGGGCUCCUAGGCACUGGCCUCAGGGGCCUCCAGAAAGACAGUGGACCUCUGCCAACGCCCCCCGGGGUUUCACUGCUUGGGGAACCCCCAAAGGACUUCCGUAUCCCCCUGAACCCCUACCUGAACCUACACAGCCUGCUCCCGGCCAGCAACCUGGCGGGUAAGGAGGCCCGGAGCUGGGGAGGUGCUGGAAGAAGCCGCCGUCCAGCUGAGGGCCCCCUGCCUAAUCCUCCAGCGCCCAGAGGUGGCAGCGGAGGCAGUGGCAACAGCAAAGCCUUCCAGCUCAAGUCCCGCCUACUCAGCCACCUCACCAGCACCCACCUGUCCCCUGAACCAGGGCUCCCUGACAACUAUGGCUUUGACUACCCCUCGGAUGUGGGACCUAGGCGGCUCUUCUCCCACCCACGGGAGCCAGCCCUCGGGCCUCACAGACCCAGCCGACACAAAAUGUCCCCUCCACCCAGUGGCUUCAGCGAACGGAGUGGUGGGGGCGGUGGGGGAUCCCUCUCUCACUUUUAUUCCGGCUCACCCACUUCCUACUUCACCAGCGGCCUGCAGGCUGGCCUCAAGCAGAGCCACCUUAACAAGGCUGUCGGUUCUUCCCCACUGGGCUCCGGAGAAGGGCUCCUGGGCCUCAGCCCUGGGCCCAAUGGCCACAGCCACCUACUGAAGACACCACUGGGCGGCCAGAAACGCAGCUUUGCCCACCUGUUGCCCUCACCAGAACCCAGCCCAGAAGGCAGCUACGUGGGACAGCAUUCCCAAGGCCUUGGUGGCCACUACGCAGAUUCAUACCUGAAGCGCAAGAGGAUUUUCUAAGGGGCCAGUGCCAGAGAUGCUCCAGGGCCUGUACCAAAUCGCUUUUGGAUUUUCUGGUGUUUUGUGUUUUUUGUUUUCGUUUUUUCCUCUCAGUAAUAGAAAAAUCUCUGAAAGACUUUGCUGACCAACCAGCUGGAGCCUGAGGAGUGUGGGAGAGCCUGGGGGCCACUCUGCAUCUUUGGCCUGCUCCUGGCCUGGAAACCCUGCAGCCUUAAGAGAGAGAGCAGGCCAGGGCCCCUUUUGGCCCUCCCCUGUGUCUGCCUACGUCUGCCUCUCUGGGAGUCCGCUCCUGCCUUGUCACUCCUGUAUCUUGGCCUUUCGAGUGCCUUGGAGGUUUCCCUAGCCUCCCGUGAGGAUCAGAGACUCUCCCCCUUUUUUAACUUUGACAAUUGACUUUUGUUUCCUUUUCUAAUUUUUAAUAUUUUUUAAACAAUCCAGGAUAACCCCCAGCUCUUAAACCUACAAGGUUCAACAUUCUUCUGGGCCUCCAUUCUACACUCUGGUUUGAAAUGGCUCAGUCCUUUUCUCUUCCUCGCAUGUCUACUGCAGGCAUGGUUGUCUCCUGCCCCUCCCUGCCCAGUCUGGCCUGUGCUCCAGCUCUGGGUGUUCCACUCCUUGCCACACUCUCCUUGCCUUCUGAUGCCUUAAAGCUGAGCCCCAGGCCCCGCUGGCCAGAGCCUCUCAGAUGCCAAGCUCUGGAAGCUUGACUCAGGACCAAACAUCUCUGGCCUGGGGAUUGGCCAGGAUCCCUCUACCCAGGAUCCCCACCCUGGGGACAGUAGAAGGCCAAAGCUUUGGUCAUGGCACACCACCUCCACCUUCCUUCUGCCCAGGCCUAGGUGCAGAGACAGGCUUUCUCUGCCAGCUGCAACCAGAUCCCUUGUUCUGUGUCUGUGGGAGUCAGGCACUGCAUCUCACUGAGCCUCUGCUAGCUCCCCGCUUGCUGAAGGUGAGCUCCACGUCUCCAUCCCCAGGUGACCUGGCCUCCCCUUGGCCCAUUGCCAGAAUCCAACAACUCCAUGCAGACAAAUUCUGCCCCUGCCCACCAGCAGGACCUAUUAGCCUGAAGUGACCCUGGGCCCUGCCCCUGACCUACUAGGCCACCAGCAUCCCUCUUCUCACUCGGGGUCUACAUCCACUUCAGGGAGUUCCCCAACCCUCUCACACAGACCUUUGCUGAAUUAAAGUUUGUAAGUAAAUGGUUUUAAAG